AUGCAAUUAGUAUUAGCAGCUAAAUAUAUUGGAGCAGGUAUCUCAACAAUUGGAUUAUUAGGAGCAGGUAUUGGUAUUGCUAUCGUAUUCUCAGCCUUAAUUCAAGGAGUAUCAAGAAACCCAUCAUUAAAAGAUACAUUAUUCCCAUUCGCAAUUUUAGGAUAA